ACACGGGUUUCCAGGUCCUGAACCCUCGUGCCCUUUGACCCCGGAAGUUCAGACGGACAGCGGCGCAAAGCCGGGCGCGGUUCGCGACAGCGUCGUAAAGGCGCGCGGCCGCAGAGCAUGGCGCUGUACGCGGCGGCGGCGGCCGUGCUGGCGGGCGUGGAGAGUCGCCAGGGCUCCAUCAAGGGGCUGGUGUACGCCAGCAGGUUCCAGGUAGCGGGGCUCGGGGUUCGGUCCCGGGCGGGGGUGCUGGCCUGGGCCCGCCCCCCGCCUCAGCCUGUGUCCUCUUGGCCGCGCGCAGAACGUGAAGCAGCUGUACGCGCUGGUGUGCGAGACCCAGCGCUACUCCGCGGUGCUGGACGCCGUGAUCGCCAGCGCCGGCCUCCUACGCGCGGAGAAGAAGCUGCGGCCGCAUCUGGCCAAGGUGACGGGCGGGGUGCGGCGGGGUCGGGCCGUGAGUCCCUCCUCGCCUGGACUCAGCUCCGUACCGUCCACGGUGUGGCUUUACUGGGUCGCUUUUCUGAGAUGAGGGUGCUAGUGUACGAGUUGUUGCUGGGAAGAGGCUUUCGAGGGGGCGCGGGCCGAUGGAAGCCUCUGCUGAACCGACACCAGGCUCGGCUGAAGGCUGAGUUGGCCCGGCUCAAGGUUCAUCGAGGUGUGAGCCGGAAUGAGGACUUGUUGGAAGUGGGAUGCAGGCCUGGCCUGGCCUCCCAGGUGCCUCGAUUUGUGCGGGUGAACACUCUCAAGACAUGCUCUGAUAACGUGAUCGAUUAUUUCAAGAGACAAGGUUUCUCCUACCAGGGUCGGGCUUCCAGCCUUGAGGACCUAAGGGCCCUCAAAGGGAAGUGUUUUCUUCUGGAUCCCUUGUUGUCAGAGCUGCUUGUGUUUCCUGCCCAGACGGAUCUGCAUGACCAUCCGCUGUACCUAGCAGGUCACCUCAUCCUGCAAGACAAGGCUAGCUGUCUCCCAGCCCUGCUGCUGGAUCCGCCCCCGGGCUCCCAUGUCAUUGAUGCGUGUGCUGCCCCAGGCAAUAAGACCAGUCACUUGGCUGCUCUUCUGAAGAACCAAGGGAAGAUCUUUGCCUUUGACCUGGAUGCCAAGCGGCUGGCGUCAAUGGCUACGCUGCUGGCUCGGACGGGAGUCUCUUGCUGCCAGCUGGCCGAGGAGGACUUCCUGGCAGUCUCGCCUUCAGACCAGCGCUACCGUCAGGUCCAGUACAUCUUGCUGGAUCCGUCCUGUAGUGGCUCUGGAAUGGUGACCAGACAGCUGGAGGAGCCCGGGGCAGGUGCACCAAGCAAGGAGCGCUUGCAAGCCCUGGCAGGCUUCCAGCAGCGAGCUCUGUGCCAUGCGCUCACUUUCCCCUCCCUGCAGCGCCUUGUCUACUCCACGUGUUCCCUUUGUCAAGAGGAGAAUGAAGAUGUGGUACGGGACGCCCUGCAGCAGAGCGCAGGGACCUUCAGGUUAGCACCUGUCCUGCCCUCCUGGCCCCACCGAGGCCUUAGCACGUUUCCGGGGGCUGAACACUGCCUCCGGGCCUCCCCUGAGACCACACUCACUGGUGGCUUCUUCAUUGCUGUACUUGAACGGGCCGAGGUGCCAAGUCUCACAGGCCGAAACAUCAGCACCAGAACAUAUACCCAGCGCAGCCCCAAAGAGAAAGAAGCGGAGGUGUAAAGCAGCAGCUGCUCCUAGCGCUCCGCCUCGCACAUAGUAGGAAGGAAAGUGGUAACCCUGUUUCUCCAGCUGGAAAGACAAGAGUGGAUUUCCGAGUCCUUUGGGUCCUUUCCCUGGGCCGUGUUCUUCUUGCUGGUGAGAGAAGUGCGGCCACAAAAAUAAAAGGCAGGACAUGGUCUACGAUA